UCGACCCCUUUCACUGCGGCUCCAUCGCCGAGCGGACUGGCCCGCUGCUCUCAUCCGAGACCUCAGUGCACACUGUCGGAUCUAUUAAACCAGCAACGCCGGUUCCCUGAAAGCCUUCAGCUCCUGUAGAAAUGCAGGCUAUCAAAUGUGUGGUGGUGGGCGACGGAGCGGUGGGUAAGACCUGUCUGCUGAUUAGCUACACCACCAAUGCCUUCCCUGGUGAAUACAUCCCCACUGUCUUUGACAACUACUCUGCCAAUGUGAUGGUGGAUGGGAAACCAGUGAAUCUGGGCCUUUGGGAUACAGCAGGACAGGAGGACUACGAUAGGCUCAGACCACUGUCUUACCCACAGACGGAUGUGUUCUUGAUAUGCUUCUCCCUGGUCAGUCCGGCCUCCUUUGAGAACGUCCGAGCUAAGUGGUACCCUGAGGUGAGACACCACUGCCCCAACACACCCAUCAUCCUGGUAGGCACCAAGCUGGAUCUGCGAGAUGACAAGGACACCAUUGAGAGGCUGCGGGACAAGAAGCUUUCCCCCAUCACCUACCCGCAGGGCCUGGCCAUGGCAAGAGAGAUUGGGGCUGUGAAGUACCUGGAGUGCUCUGCACUGACCCAGCGAGGCCUGAAGACGGUAUUCGACGAGGCCAUCCGAGCCGUGCUCUGCCCUCCGCCCGUCAAGAAGAGGGGGAAGAGGUGCACCAUGUUCUGAGGAGGAAACAUUGCUAAAACACUACACUACAUCACCAUGAACAACAACCACUACUUCUCUGAGAGGAUUUGAGAGAAAACUAGCAAGAGUGAGUGUACACUGCUGAGAUUGCUUUCUUUAUAUUGAUGUUUUUUCAAAGCGGUCUAUUGGUCUCGAUACCAAUAUUUAAUCCAAUUUUUUUACCAUUACUGAAUAGGCUCAUAGGUUCUCUGUGAAAGACAUUGACUGUCCACCUACUUUGUACUCAGAACCACAUCAAAGUUGCCACGAGGGCUGACAAAGGUUUCUAUUACUUGUCUUCAUACUGCAACAUCUCUUCUUUUUCAGCCAUGCUUGCUUGAAUUAAUGCAGUGUUGACUAGAUAGAAAGUAAAACUAGGAAUACGCCUUCAGGUCUGAAGUUACCCUCAGCUCCUGAUCUAAGAUCAGCAUGUGGAGACCAAAUGCAUACUACUGGCAUGCACACAGAAAUCGGUUGCUACUGACCGUAAACACGGAGUACUACUGCCUGCAUUCACUACAUUUCACAAAUACAGCACGGUGUCUUAAAUGGAAAUAAUGUGGGUUUUCUACAAGAAAUGAGAACUCUGGAUGAGAAAAUUCUGGUUUUAUUACAACCUGGGUCUUCUUUUUGUAGUUUUAGCCUUCAUUCCAAUCAGUAACAAUGUUGCACUCACCCAUUGCUUAGAUUUAGGAAGACAAAGUCCGAUGAGUCAAGAAACACAAGAAAGGGCUUUAAAGCAACUCCAGUAGUUGUACUUAAUCUUGAAGCCCUGUCUUGUAGAGGGGCCCUGUUUAAAACUGGGGCCAGGUAGUGUUUUAGUUUAGAAAAGCUGUAACAUUGGACAGAGUCAAAGGAACGGGGUUAAUGGGGGCCCAGUGGCCUUUUUGUUGCCUUUAACCUUAGAGGUUAAGAUGGCCAUGGCUAACUGUAGGCUAAUGGCCGUCUCGCUGCUCGUUUGUCUUGCCCUUUCGGACAUCUCAGCAGUUAUUUUAAUGUGUGCAAUGUAACUGAUACUGACAGGAAUGAUGGACAAAACUAUGAACAUGUUCCAUUAAAAGGAUUCUAUGGAAGAGACCUAGCAUAACAUUGAAAUAGCAGUCAAAAGUAAGAGUGUUGACUUUUAACUCCAGUGUCUCUGAGCUCAUCACGUUUUUCGGCUUUUCUCAUUAAGUCAAAAUAAUUCAGUUAUCAGGUCCACUUACUUGGUUUUACUGGAGCUUUCAGCCACACCUGCUGCCUGAUCAGCAGAAGAGUUUGCUCAAUUCAAGUCUAUGAGGUGUGGCUGCUAUUUAAACUCAAGACUUAGCUUAAUUUGUGAAUACUAGUUCUGUGGGUCAUUCACUGGGUCUUCUUCGCUAAUGAAGCCCAUGAGAUGUGGUUGAAGGCUCUGGGGGUAAAAAAACGACUAAGUGAACCUUGAGUUAAUAUCAAGUUGUUUUAUGGUGGAAAAAAAAGAAAAAGAUCUGUUUCUUGAACACAGUUGUGUUCUUACUUUGGACGAGCAUCUGAUCUUAGUCGAGUGUCUUUGGGUAACUUCAUCUAACUGUGAACAUGUGACAGACAAGCAUGCCAAACAUGGGGGCUGUACAACCUUGCUGCCUGAGUUCUGCCUCUGGGGGUGGAGUAGCUUGCAUGGGUCUUAAAAUAUUCUGUCUUAAUUUAUCCCAUUGUUUAGAUCUUGUCUCUGUUCCCGUGUGUGUGUGUGUGUGUGUGUGUGUGUGCCCGCGAGUGAGCGAGUGUGUCACAGGCGUGUAUAUGAACACUGGUGUUUGUGUGUGCGGAUGAGCAUGUGUCGGUAUCAGUGAGACAGCUUUGUUUCACAGUUUGGGGUAGUGCAUAAAAGACAGUAUUGUUUUAAGCCAAGUUUUUAAGUGUCCCGUUUUUGGUACUAUUUCAUAUUGUAUUGUAGUAAUACACAAGACUUUUCAACAAUCUGUGGACAUAAAGAAAGAAAAAAACGGAUAUUGAUGACAUAUAGUGAUGUACAGAAUAAUCCUUAGAAAAAGGAAUGCGUUAUGAAUAUCUAUCUACAUGUACCGGAAUAUUUAGCUCUUAAAACUAAAACAAUUCAAACUAAAGGGAUUAUAGUCGCUUGUGUUGAAGUUAGAAAUGUUGCUAACAGUGUACAAUAAAGGGGCCAAUCUUUGUGGGGUUUGUCAUUGUGGCAAACAGUGCAGAUUGCACCUUUAUGAAAUGCAUUUCUGUAUGGUUCCAGGUCUGCAGUGUGUCUGUCUCCCUCGUGUGGUGAGACGCAGCACUGCAGGCCACCCUGUCACGCUGUCUUUGGUUGGCAUAGCAAACUGUGUGGUUGAAUCAUGUUGUGUGGUCCUGCCUAGCUAAGGUGUUGAAAUGUAGAUGAGAAAAAAAACGCAGCAAAACCAUUCUAAUCUACUAUUGCAUGGAAGUUCUCUGGUUAUUUGACACACUGUAAUUCUUAGGAGAGGUUGUAUGAAGUGCAUUGGCCAUGUACGUAUGUAAUGUAAGAUGACUUGUAUACUUGUUCCAACGGUUUGUCUUAUUUUUUAUUACUUCACGUCUGUGUGGUGAAAUAUUUCAAUUUUUUGUAUACUAAAUACAAAUGUAUAUGUAAGGUA